CUGGUCUCUAGAUCCAAGGUUUCGGCGUGUUGCCGUUCUUUUCAGCUCGCUUUCUAGAAUGUUGGGCAAACUGUCCCAUUCAGCCAUUUCUCGCCAGUCACACGGUUUCAUCAAGUAGAUGCGUGCGAUAGACAUAGUAGUCAUACCACACAAAUGAGUUGGAAGGGUCCAUGAUGGUUCUGGACUUGAGAAUGGCAAACUGUUUGAGGGAGUCUUUGAACCCACAGUCAUAGACUAUACCUUGCUCGGGCAUGACAAUAUCGACGAUCUCAGAGCAGUCUUGCGGCAAUGUGUGGAAAGCGACUCGUCCUGGAGAUGGAAUUGUCUUCUCUCUGUAAGCAGGUCCUUCUUCCAGGCGGUGUUUUCUUUUAACAACAUUCGCAAAUGAAGCAGCAGAGAAGAACUGAAGCUAUGGACCGAGCCGAGCGUAUAAGCAGGAGAUUCAGAGGACGAGCCCUGAAAAGUGACUGCCGAAGAUGAAACUGGUGCCCAGGGAUCUCUGACCGAAGUUGCUCUCUAUCCACAGCACGACACGGCGGUGGUGAUGAAAGGACUUUUGGCCAUCACCGUGAGACCUUUUGAGUAGGACCUUAGUCCUUCGAUGAGCAUGAUAGUUUCUUUCCUUUGGAUUAAAGAUCAUUCCAGGGUCCUUUUCGAAGGCGAAUGAUAUCAGACAGAGGUAAAUUGUCCGCGACAAAACGGGUGCCCUCUAGGGGCAGAUUCCCCAGGAUAUCAUACUGGAACCCAUGAACGUAGGAACAUCAACUCGUGCCUGAACUCGCGCAGCUCAUAUGGGCUUGCUGGUUCAAGAUGCCACGCAAGCUAUAUAUUUGUUUCAGCUUGUAUACCUUGUCUGCGUGACAGGGUAAAACAAUGGCUGGAUACAUACAUCGCUGGGCGACUUGACUUGGGCAAGUUCUAGUAAUGCCUCAAAAAGGCUCGAUCCUGGGAAAAGGAAUCCAUGACUGAGAAGAAUAUGCCUUCAUGGAUGUUGAAAGGAAAGGGUACAUCUGAGUGAACCAGGAGAGAACGUGGUCGUGUUGGUUGUGGUGAAAGAUCUUAAGUUUCCCAGCCAAGGCACAGAAGCGGGCCAAAGCAGGUGAGAGAGAAGGCCAGGCCAGUCAGUAUACCUGCGGGUGGAGCAUCAAGUCUCAGUCUCAUUCCUCUCUCUCCUUUUCAUUCUCUCCACCUUCCAUCGCAUCUGUUCUCCCCAACCUUCGACCUCCACCUCGACCUCGUCGCUCGAGUACUCGCUCUUAGAUCGUGCCCUCGCAGCCGCAGCCUCCGAUCCCUGAGCUUCAGCGCUGCAGAUCCCGACCGACGCGCUCCUCCCGGUUGCUCCCCUCUUCCCCCUUCCCCGCAGCUUUCCAGAAUCCUCAGCGCAAACCUCUCCCAGUCCCGAAUCUCCUCGUCCUCGGCCAUAUUCUCUGGACUCCAAUUCUCGGACGCAAUGAUAUACCAGUUCUCACGACUUCGUUGAUCUGCGCCUGGCUGGCCUUCACGAGACCCGUCUUCCCUAUCGCACGUUCUCCCGCCACGAGCGGGUUUCCAACGGUCGAACCGAUCGCGUCCGAUUAACCUUCUCACCAACACCUUCAGCUCGGUUUCCUCGUCACCCUCUCCACGGAAACUCUACAUACCGGCGACGAUCGUGGGCUUGUCAGCCGUCGCCUUCGCCGCCUCCGCCGCCUCCGCCACCUUUCUCAGUCUCCUUCCUGGUCUCCCCUUUUCGCCCGACAUGAGUGGUCUUGCCGAUCCCCCGUCCUCGAGGGCCACCUUCGCCGGACCUGCAGAUGGUCCCGGCAAAACGCGAAACCUCCCCGUUCUUUCGCAAUCCGCUCAACACUCCCCGGCGGCCAUGGACAUCACUCCGCCAGCAUCAGUCGCCGCGGGUGGUAUCCCUGUCCGUAGCAGUCCCGAUAGCGACCGCACUGGCGCAAUUAACACCAAUGGCGCGGAAGUCGGCAUCACGAGUAAUCCCCAAAACUCGACCGUGGGGGCUGCUGCAGCAGCCCAGCAACCCAAAGUGGUACAAACCGCAUUUAUCCACAAGCUUUACAACAUGCUUGAGGAUUCUAGCAUCCAGCAUCUGAUAUCGUGGUCCAAUACCAACGACAGUUUUGUCAUGUCACCGACUUCUGAAUUCUCCAAAGUCCUAGCCCAGUAUUUCAAACAUACCAACAUUUCAUCCUUUGUCCGUCAGUUGAAUAUGUACGGGUUUCACAAAGUGAGCGACGUCUUUCAUACGGGCUCCCCGGACUCUGCGCUCUGGGAAUUCAAACAUGGAAAUGGCAACUUCAAACGGGGUGACCUGAUCGGGCUUCGCGAGAUCAAGCGCCGCGCAUCUCGCCAUGCUCUGAUCCAUCGCGACUCGUUUCCAGGCCACAAGGCUACUGCGUCGCAACCGGGCACCCCCGCCGAGCCUGUUCCCGAUGCGACGGAGGCCAGGCUGAUGAGCCUUGAAUACAGUCUUCAUGACAUGCAUGCGCGCCUAGCUCGUGCCGAGGAAGGGAACGUGGCACUGAGUUCGAAAUGCCAGAACAUGGCUGAAGGUCUCGCCAAAUGCUACCAAUGGACGCAUUCAAUCUCCCGUUUUCUUCAAGGUGUUGUGCCCAAUCAGGAUAGUCCUUUAUAUCGCGACAUUUUGAACAUGCAAAGGGAGGUGGAGAAGCAUCUCGAAUCAGUUCGUGCCAUGGAGGCUUCCCAUGAUACUCUCAUGCCACCACGCCAACCUUUCUUCGGAAACUUGCCAGUGGAAUCCGGUCCUCCCUUGUCCCCUCGCCAACUACCCCAGGACGACAGCCGGCGCCCAUCUAUGAUUCGACCACCCGUCCCGCCUCAUCUUGCGGUGUCCCCUCGUCGCUACGGCUCUAUUGGAGGUGCCAAUGCGCCGAUUCCUAAUUAUAACCGACUCCAGCCUCCUCCCCCUAGUGGUGCUACUGCUCCGCCACCACCGCAGCAACAACCACAACAACCGACGCCUCAUCCUCUUUCCAUAUCGACUCCUCCCGGAGCCCCGAAUUUGGGCCGCCGUCACACGUUCGCGGAUAUUCGGCAAGCCGACUGGCCUCCCGCAGGUACUUCUCCUUUCCCUCCUGGAAAUCCCCCUGGGGCUGGUGGAAGCAGUGGGCCUUGGCCCUCGUCGCCUCAUCGUGUACCUACAAGUAGCGAGCAACAAGUCCGGGAUGUACUCGCUCAGUAUGAGAUGGGUGCACCCCGGCGCCUCCAGGAUCAAUCCCGUCAUGCGACACCUCCGACUGGGGCCGAGCCAUCCCCGUCCAUGUUAAGUGUGGACAAUGGCUGGACUCUGGGAGGCUCGAGGUUCCCCCGUCAGGAGUCUUCUCUACCUGCCACUCGCCGCUCGAGCAUGGCCAGCAAUGUCCAUUCUCUACUGAAUCCCGCCGAUACUGCUGAACGGCCGGACGAAGACCAACAAGAGGACCGGAAACGCAAACGGUUGGAAUAGAUUCCAGCAGCAUGAAAUGCACAAUCAGCGGAAUCAUUGCAAAUACUUAUCAUCAUCAUCUUCUUCUCCUCACCCUCGGGCUGAGGCCAACUCAUACACCAAAUGAUACGAUUUGGACUAUUCCCGAAACCAGUUUCUUGUCAAAUCAAUUCUCCAUAUACCCAACCAUACUCCCCGGCAAUCCGCCUCUUUUUUCUUGGACAGCAUCUGUAUACCUGCAAACACCAUCACAGCCACCUCAUCUCCAGCUCCUUGGAUUCCAAAAGCUCGACAGCAUCUUAUUUUCUCCUCGCUUAUCCAUUCGAUUUCCGCUAUCCUGCGUCUGUAGAUGUGUCACAUUCUCCCAUUACCAUUUCCCUCUUUUCUCUCUAUUUUCAUUUAACUGUUGUACUUCUCUCCAUCUGACCCUUCCUCUCUCUCCCAUAAUCACCUCUUUUUGUGUAUCUUUUGCUUUGGAAAUCUUCAUGCUGUCGGUUUCAAGUGACGAAAUUGGCUUCUGGGUUUUAUACUUCAUUCUCGCAGCAUAUUUUAUAUACCCUGGUGUCGGACGGAGCAAAGAAAAACAUCAUGGUGGCAUCUAGAACUGUCUGGAAUGGAAUUUUGUAUUCUAUACAUGUGCCCACUUCUCAUUCUGAAUCGAGCAAGUUUGUGGAACCCUUUAUUAGUUGGGGUAAGGAGGGGGAGGCUCUGCAAAUGAAAGCCUCUUCAAGUAAAGCCUUCUCGGC